UCCCAAAUUGAAAAGGAAAUGGAUGGUUUUGAUUAGGGUUAGGGUUACGUGGAAGCAUAAUUAAAGAUUUUUCUGGGGUCUGUCCAUCGAAAGAAGUGAAAAGGUAGAGACGGUUCUUGGGGGUGUGAGAGCUGAUUUUAUUAAUUGCGAGAGAUUACUGAAUACUCAUGUGAGGCCGCGCUCAUCGAAUUAACUUUGGAGAUGUUCUACGAUCACGUUCAUCCGACGGUCUUAUAUUAAAGAAAUGUCGAAUUACGAGCGGAGCCCACGAUGCCAAUGAUUUUCUUUUCUCUUUCUCUUCUUCUAUUUUUCAUUAUUGAUAUUUUUCUUUUUGAAGUUGGACUCUGUCCAAACUCCGAACACAAGGUAAAGAGGAGACCCCUAUGAAGUUGAGAGAGAGAGUCAACUUUUUGAAAUCCAACCGCUCCAUACUCUUUAUUAAUUCAUCUUCUUCACCAAAUCCAAUAAAUUUAAAAUCCCAUCUUCUUUUUCCGCCAUUCUUCAUUACCCAAAUCAUAGUUUUUCUCAGAAAAGUAAGGGAAAAAAAGAAAAGAAAAGGAGAGAUUAUUCCUCUGUUUAGCGAUAUCUUGAGAAAUUGAGUUUCAUUUGUUUUCCAAUUGCCAAAACCCCAUCUGGGUAUUCCCGUUUCGAGGGAAUUCAAUUAUGGGGAUUCAGAAAGAUAGGGUGAGAUUCAAUGUUGGGGGUAGAUUGUUUGAAACAACCGCUACAACUCUUGCGAAUGCUGGCCGGAAUUCUUUAUUUGGGGCACUUUUUGAUGAUAAUUGGGAUUUACAAUCCCUUAAUUCCGAUGAAUUCUUCAUUGAUCGGAACCCUGAUUGCUUCGCCGUGCUACUUGAUCUCUUACGCACCGGAGAGCUCUAUAUCCCGGCUAACAUGCCGGAGAAACUCCUCUAUCGGGAGGCUCUUUUCUACGGCCUGCAGGACCAUUUCCGCUCUGCCAAAUGGGGCCAAUUCGACGGCAAUAGAUUGAAGCUUUCCCAUUCUGCAACUGGCCAAGCCCCAGGAGACGGAACUGCCAUCCGAGCCGGUCCCGAUGGUGGUUGCUGCAUUGCUCAUGGCUCUAUGGUUCAUGUCUAUGAUUGGAUGCUCGACGAACACCCUCCAAUCAAUCUUGAUUAUCAGCGAGUCAACGACGUGGGGUGGAUCGAUGCUGAGAAUAUCGUGAUCAGCGUUUGUGAGCGAUUAGGCCGCGGCGACGGCGGAAUGGGGAUGUUCUGCAAGUCAACUGGCGAGCUUCGGCAUAAGUUUCAAGUCAGUCAUGACAAUCAGGUAAAGAGUUGUACAGCCGGAGCUUUGAGUUUCAGUUCUGAUUAUAAAAUCUUCUCUAGUUGUAAAGGUAGAAGCAAUGAGUAUGGGAUUGGUGUUUGGGAUCAAAUCACAGGAAAACAAACAGAUUUUUUCUAUGAACCUGCAGGUUGGUCACUUGGGGAUGCUGAUAAACUCCAAUGGUUGAAUGGAACGAAUUGCUUAUUGGUUGCAACCCUAUUUCCUAGAAAGGACAAUUGCUACAUUAGCCUAUUGGAUUUUAGAGAGAAGAAAAUGGUAUGGUCUUGGUCUGAUAUUGGAGCUCCAUUGACAGUAGAUGAAAGGAGAGUAAGAGAUGCCAUAGCCAUGGAGGAAAACAAUGCAAUAUGUGUAGUGAAUGAGUAUGAAGAUUUGGGAUUUUUGGAUUUGAGAAGCAGCAGUGGAGGAAGCAUACGAUGGAGCUCAAGAAGUAGGCUAAUGAAGGGAAAAAUGCCAGAAGAGCCAUGCUACCCCAAGUUAGCAUUACAUGAAGGGCAGCUUUUUUCAUCCAUGAAUGAUUCUAUAUCAGUGUUGUGUGGACCUGACUGGGUUUUGACAUCUAGGCUUCGACGAAGCGUUGGUGGUUCGAUCUGCGACUUUUCCAUUGGUGGGGAUCGCCUUUUUGCACUUCAUAGCGAGGAAAAUGUUUUCGAUAUAUGGGAGACACCACCUGCUCCUAUAAUUUCAUCAUUCAGUUAAUGAUUUGCUGAUUUGCUGAUUUGCUUCUUUCUGAUAGAAAAAUGAUCCGCCUUUUGUUGGCUGUUAGAUUUGUGAGAUAGAUUAGUUGAAGAAAAAUGAAGAUGUAUAUAGCAGGACGUCUAAAUCCCAGAUCUUGGCUAGGAAAACAAAACAAAACAGAGCGAGAGAUUUGAAAUUUAGGUGCCAUUGCCAUCAUUUGGAAGAAGAUUUAGAGCAGAAAGUUUGUAUGUGGUUUCCCACUACCACUACAGUAUUAGAUAGUCUCAAUAUUUCUUUUCAUCUCUUUUCAUCUCUUUCUGUAAAUUACAAUGCUAUUUUCUUAGACUAGACUUCAAAUCUUUAAUGAAAAUAUCUCAGUAAUGUCAUUCGUUCAAAUUAAAGAAAUACUUUUUCUUUGAACGUACAUAAUAAGGUCAGAGAAUAUAUGUAAUGAGUUCAUUUCCAAAAGUAAAAGCAAAUGGUAGUUCUGAUUUUCUUCU